GAUCGCUCUGACGCAGUUUUCCUGGUUUGAUUUCAGUGGAUGAUGAAGAAUGCUUUGGGCCAUUACUGCCUGCUUUGCAUUGGCAUCGUAGUCGCCAUCCUCGGUGUCCUUGCCAUCACCUGCACAUCUGGUUUUUUUAACUUCAUUCUCAAAUCGGAAUUGCAUCUGUCAGAAAGCUCGCAAAGUUACCAAGUAUGGAAGGACACACCAGUGCCGAUGUACAUUCAGUUCUAUUUCUUCAAUUGGACGAACGAAGGAGAGCUAGAAAACGCAAACUCGAAGCCUACGUUCGAACAAAAGGGACCAUACAGAUUUAACGAGUUUCACGAGAAAGUUAACGUAACUUUUCACGACAACAACACAGUGUCUUUUAAACAAGUCCGUCGAUGGCACUUUGACCCUGAAAACUCCAAUGGCACCCUUGACGAUACAAUCACAACCCUCAACUUGCCUCCAUUGACGGCGGCAUUUGUGGCCCGCGACUGGAGCAUCUUCAUGCAAGGUCCGUUGUCGUUGGUGAUCUCGCAGACAAGCAAACGAUAUGUGACCAAGAAGGUGCGCGAGUACUUGUUCGAGGGCUAUGAUGACAGUCUCAUCUCGCUGGCCGACAAGCUGCCUGCGCUCGCAAAUAUUGAUAUUCCAUUUGACAAAUUUGGCUGGUUCUACAAGAGAAACAAUUCAGACGAGUAUGACGGAUUUUUUAACAUGGACACUGGAGCCGACGAUAUCAACAAGGUGGGGCGUCUGCGAAAUUGGAACUUCGCCAACAGGACCAAAUUUUUUCCAUCAAGCUGUAGCAUGGUGAACGGAUCUGCCGGCGAACUUUGGCCUCCGGGACAAACCAAAACCAAUAUCACAAUGUUCUCACCGGACAUCUGCAGAUCUCUGACAUUUGACUUCACGGAGGAGGUAGACGUGCACGGCGUGACGGGCUAUCGCUACUCGGGCGGGCGCAACAUCGUGGACAACGGCACGAUAAACGCGGACAACUGGUGCUUCUGCAACGGCGAGUGUUUGCCAGUCGGCGUAGUGAACGCGUCGAGUUGCCGCUACGGCGCGCCUGCCUUCGUUUCCUACCCGCACUACUACAUGGCUGACCCUUACUACGCCUCCCUGGUCGAAGGCAUGCGACCUGACAAGGAGAAGCACCAAUUUUAUGUCACUCUUGAGCCAACGACUGGAAUUCCUCUUGAUGUAGCUGCUAGAUUCCAGAUUAAUAUUUUACUUCAGCCUAGCAGACACAUAAGCAAUUACAAGAGAGUGCCAAAGGUGUUUUUCCCGAUUAUCUGGUUCGAGCAGAGGGCGACAAUGCCCCCUGAGAUGGCUUCUUCCUUACUUGCCCUCCUGGCAUUACCUGACAACGGCGCAGUCCUUGGCCUGACCAUGGCUGGACUUGGCGUAGCAGCCGCGGUGAUUGCCAUUUCUUGCCUCAUCAGAAUCAAAGUAGCCCAAGACUCGCAGAAAAGUAGCAUUCAGCUCAACUCCGAAUCGGGAUUUCCUCUGAUGAAGAAGCCCGUCAAUGGACACAAAAUGCCUGACGUAGCAUGACGCGAGGCCAAAGGCGGCUGCGGUUCAACGCAGAGGACUGUCUACUACUCCAAUGUUUGAUUUUCUUCUCUCUGCUCUACAACAGGACCAAAGCUGCCAAUGAGUCAGUUUCCCGAAUAUGAAUGGUAUGACUCUUUGGAAGAAAAAGCUGAUUUUCGAAAUGUGAUAUUGAUUAUGCUGAACAAUGAAAUAAGAGCAGACUGAUCAACAGUUUCGGCGAAUUUCUAGUGCAUAUUGAAAUUGUAGUUUAAAUCCUUAACCAAUCAUUUAUCAAAAGCACAUAUGUUUUUGUUAGUAAAUCGUCUUUUAAUGUGAUUCAAGAAUAGUCUUUUUAUUAUUAAAUAUAUUAAAUGUUUGUACGAUUUUGGAAAGAAAACACUAUGUUUUAUUUAUAAAAUACAAGGCGUUUUAUUGGAAAUUACAAAAAUGUCUUCUUGCAUGCAAAAUGGCAUGAAUUACAGUUUCAUAGUUGUUAAUGUUGCGCAGAUUGAACUUAAUUCUAUGUUCUGCAGGUUGAAAACUUAAGUUUAAAAUUUUUUAUUGCAAGUCCAUUUAUACAAAACGGAAUCAGGGUUUCACUCAUUGGAUGGCAACAUUAAGUUUUUAAAGUCCAAGAAAGUGCCAGGAUUUUAACUUUCUGAAGGUUUUUGACCUAAUUCUAACCCUCUGCAAAGGAGUAAUUUUUGUUUAAUCAAAAAUCUGUGACAACCUCUGAUGAAAAUGCACCUUUACAAUUUAUGUCAGAUAAUUGCUCUAGUGAGAUUCCCCAAAAA